UUACCUAUCCCUAAUAUCGUCUUAGAGAUGUAACAAAGAACAAAGUGAAAAGGAGAUUAGUGCUCUAAUCGUGUAAAUAUUAGAUGAAGUCUAUGUUACUGGCUUAAAAGUUAGUUUUAUGGAAAAAAAGAAAAUUGUAAUUUAUUGUGUACGAAGAACAAGUGAAAGUGCUGCGUUUUUCUCUAUUUCAAGUGCGAGUGUGUGAUUCGACAAUGCAAGAGCAGCUUGUUUUGCUUGUGUAUGAUACCAAAGCACAAACAUACUCCCUCUUUCAAUUUGUUAUUUGUAUGUGUUGGUAAAUAAAUGGAAGUGGACGCGGAGUGAACAUUUUAUGAAUAAAAUUUAUCAACGUGCCGAACCUCUGAAUACGUAACUUUGGAGUACAAUGAAUGGAGUACAACACUAAGUAAAUGAGCGUCAUUUACGGGAUAGCAGCAAUUUUUUAAUUUACAAUUUACAAAAGAAUCCUGUAUACAUUGGUGGUAGCUGCGAUCAUGCAUCGUUCACUGAAGCCACAUACACAAGCUAAAAAGAUUACGAAAGUCGCUCCACCAGCUCUUCCAGGAGAUCCUAUUCAUACAAAUUCAGCAUUCCAACAACAAGUCGGACUAUAUCGUUUAGCAGGAAGUGCACCUAAUGCUGCUUGUAAAGUGCAAUUGGAGGAUGGCAUUAUAAUGAGUAGUAUGGUGUCCUCGCCAUCGCUCGAGGAAGGCGGCUUCAAUUUGCCUCGGGAACCGACAGUAGCAUUACGAAUAAAAGACGAAAUUGGAGAAUAUUCAACCGCUAUGUCAUCUUCGGGGUCUUCACAAACAGCCACACCCAAUACUACGGGUGCUAAAGGUGUACAGCCUUUGGUUAACACAAAUCCCUUAAUAUCCGGUGUCCCACCAGUAUUCUGUGCUACUUUGCGAGAACCGUUAACACACAAAGCGGCCGUUUAUUACCACCAGCAGCUGGCUCUGCAAGAGGACCAGGGAAUAGAUCUAACACAAUCGCCGGGUCGAGAUUCUCCUGGCUCUUCAUCGGGUUCAGCAGGUUCUGGAUCGCGCCAUUCAACAGCUAGCCUAGAUUCAGGUCGAGCAUCGUCAUAUUUGACAGGAGCUUCUGUAGCAGGUUCGACACGUAGUAGUAGUGGAGGGGGAGCACUCUCGUCCCCACGAUGUAGCUCAUUAAGUUCUUGUUCGAUUGGUUCUAUGGACCGACAACGUAACGAAGAGUUGAUUGUAGAUUGGCUAAUGGAAAUGAAAUACGAAGAGUAUGCACAACUGUUCAUUACGGCUGGUUAUGAUUUGCCGACAAUUGCUCGUAUGACUCCGGAGGAUUUGACUGCCAUUGGUAUUAAGAACCCGCAUCAUCGUGAGCGUAUCAAACAGCGAAUCGAUAAACUGCAAGUUUUGGAUAACUUACCACAUUUCGUCCCGGGUUCUAUCGAAGAAUGGCUACAACUACUCCGCUUGGAGGAGUACUUACAGCCUUUAUUGGAUCAAAAUUAUAAAACUGUCCGGGAAGUUACUCAAGUUACAUGGGAAGAUUUAGAAGAUAUUGGCAUUGUUAAGCUCGGACAUCAAAAGAAAAUUUUGCUUGCAAUAAAACGUGUAAAGGAUAUAAUAAGCGGAAAAUGGAAUCCCGGUGGAUCAAACAUCUAUAACCAACAAAUUUGUGCCAAACCUUGGCAGCAUUUACCACCCACCCCUACUUAUUUACCCACCGUCCGUGUUUCAUGGGACGAUUCUAAAGUUUACGCCAAUGCUUCUGCAUUGCCAUACACACAUUCCUGCUUUAGCAAUAGUGAAGAGUGUUGCAAUGACAAUGAUAUUGUAUUAAUAAAGGUUCGUCAACCGCGUGGUAAAAGUCUAGAAUCUCUUGAAGACAUACAUGAUAACAGCACUCGAAGCCAUUUGACAUUCAGUCAUUACACAACCACGGAUUAUGGUCAUUUUGCACACCCAUCCCAAAUUCAGCAACAGCAAGCACUGCAGCAGCAUCCACAACAUCAUUUGCAGCAAGUUUCUUUGGUAGGAGGCGCGGGAUCAACGGUAGGUGGCCUUCAUCGAAUCUUAAGCAAUCCAAACACAAUGAAUUGGCGCCGUUCUUAUGAUGACGGUGACAUAACACCUACAAAUGAUGCUGCUACCCGUGAACUCAUGUAUGAAGACGGCGGUGGUACGUUGCCCCGACAACAGCGUGGUAUCCUUCAGCGUGCUGUUUUAAAUACCAUGCCUCCCCUGGAACAUCACCACUAUAUGAAUGCUGCUGCGGCAGAAUAUGUGUGCAAUGCUGCUGGGCUAGUUGGCCCAAGUGCAAAUGUUCCAACUGGAAAUGUAUCAUCUGCUAAAGUAAUAGAGAGCUCAAAUUUAAACAAUCAUUAUAUAUCGGGCAGCCCAAUGACCGGCAAAAAAAUAGCUCCCGAACCUCCAAGACGUCACUGUAGUAUGCGCAACUCAUGUACAAUAAGUCAAGAUGCAUCGCAUUUAAAUGCAGUUUCGAACACUGCUGGUCAUGGUCUUACGACAAACAUGUAUUAUGGAUCUAUGGGAGCACCGAACUCAGCAUCAAAUAUUCAUUCUCAUUCUGCAUAUUUGCAACAACAAGCAUCUCAACCAAUUUAUGCAAAUUAUGCAACAAUACAGCAAACUACAGCAGAAAUUCAUUGCGAAAAAACACAUGAUAAUAAGUCCAACUCUAGUAUAGACUCAAUUGACACAAUACCAUUUGCGAAUGAAAAUACUGGCACUAUAAAGCAGCGUUUACUAAAUAGACAAGAACUUACUGCAAAUGCAUCCAAUACUGUAUCACAGCCAACUCCUAGUAGCCACUUGCACUCUUCUUCAUCAUCAUCGUCAUCGUCCUCCACAAACACUAUAGGUAAUAUAACCCAUUCAUUCCACUCUUUGAAAUCGUCGUCCUCUCUACAUGAGGCAUCAUUGAUAAGAAGUGAUAGCAUCGGUAGUACAGCCAGUGGAGGCAGUGUUGGCCUUACCCUUCUCCGAUCGCCAACUUUGCAGUAUGCCCCGAGUCAAGCCGAUAGUGUACCGUCGCUUGCAGUAGUGGAAAAUUUCAAUGCCAACGAAAUCAGUGCGGGUAGUCCUGUAGAAGCAAGUGCCAUAACAAACUCUAGUGCCUGUGGCAGUGAUGCUAAAAAUAUUUCGUCCUCAACAUCAAAAGGUUCGAAAGUUUCUGUGAAUGUACUUAACGAUAUCGGCAAUAUGUUGGCAAAUCUUACUGAUGAGUUAGAUGCCAUGCUGGAGGAAGAGAAACGAGUUGGUCUAAAUACCGAUAGUGAAUAGAUGUAAUCAAAUGGCAAUCAAAUCCUCUAAUAUUCAAUGAAAGGCAGGUGAUUUUCCCAUAUAAUAACCAUUUCGCUUGAAUAUCGGGGUAUAAGACAUCGUCCGCCACAUAAAUAAUACAUUUGUAUGUAGCGCUAGAUUAGCAUUAGGAAAAUCGGGAGUCUGGUUUUAACAAUUCAAUAAUCUAUUAUGGGUGCUAUCUCCAAUUUGCUAAGGCUCGGCCGAAUCAAAAAAAAAAAAAAUAUAUAUACGAUAAAUUUAUAAAAUUUAGGUAAUAAAACUAAAUGGAUAAGAGUUGGUAUGGAUCGUAUUAAUCCAUCCAAGCAAUAAAAAAGAAACGUAAAUCGGAUGUUCCCCUUAAUUUAAUCUGUUUUCCAUGCAAUACUUAAAAAUUUUCGGAGAAGAAGAAGCGUAGAAAUCACAAUCUUUACAAAUGUUCAUCAAUUUUUUAAUUGACUUGCAACCUGUGUCAUUACUCAUUUUUAAGAUAUACAUUUAGGCAUAUACUUAAAAGGAUAUAUAAAGUAAUAAAUAAGCAAAUUCCAAAGUCCUCCAAAAAAUUAGAAUGCCCGGAAUCAUAAAUCGCGACAAUAUUUUUUUUUAAUUUGUAAUUUUUAAUUUACUAGCCCGUAGGACCAUGGAUGGUUCCAAAAACUUCUAUAAACGACUACUCUAUGUUUAAUAAUAAUUUAAUAUUGCAACAUUUUUACUUUCAGUUUAUAACUUUUUAAGAAGGACAAUGAAUAACUUCUUUUUGAUAUUCAAUAGCUAAGACAUUUUCAACCCCUUUUUUAUUCCCAAUAUGGCAUCAUUGUAACAAACUUAAUAACAGUCCGCUUAUAUCCUAUUUUAUCAAUUGAACGUUUGAGAUCAAACGAUCUAUGUAUAACAAAUGACUAUAAUUUGAUAUCCCUUGCUCAGAUUAUAUAUAUUUUUUUGAAACAGAGCCAGCAUUUUCCCAAUUGUAACAAGAACUUGUAGUAGCAGUAUUCUUAUCAAAAUUCUUGGGUAAGCUAAUAUUCGCAUUUAUAUUAUCGCCACCACCGUAUAUACUAACAUAUUUGUACUUAAUAUGUCCGAUGAUGUGUUGAAAAUGUUUAUUUAAACUCUUAUGCAUUUGUUCUUAUUGCAGAAAUUUUGUAAAAUGCAUAUAUACUGGGGAAGGCCUUUUCCAUUUCGAUCUUAUUAAAUAUGAAUGUUAACAUUAAGAAUGAAUAAAUGAAAACUAUUUCCACUUAGUAACAAAAAUUAAGCUUUUUAAAAGUAUACUUUUUUGUACGAUAAAAAAUGCAAAAGCAAAAUAAAAAUAUGUUAACAAAAGCAUAUUUUGAAAAAUAAUAUGUUUAAUAAAACACAUGUUAUGUGACAUAAACGUGUGUUCAGUAACGUAAAAACUAGCAUAUAUAUACAUAUAUAACAUUUAUACUUGCAUUAUAAAAAUUAUAAAGGUCGAAGAGAAAUAUGACAUAAUUAAAAAUUAUUUAUAUUAGUCCACUAAUAGAAGGACAUAACUCAAAUUUUACAUUAUUAUUUGAAAUCCUUAUAGCACAUUUUCAACACUGUUGAAUUUAACUGAACCUACAUUAAAAAAAUAGUUAAAAUGUAGGAUAAGGUAGUGUGCCGUGGUAUCUUAGAAUAUUUUGUUUAUGUUAAGGACCUACUCAAAUUUAUAAAUUGUGUUGUCUAUCCAUUCCAAAUUUGUUUAUUAAUGUAUAUUUUCCGAAAUAUAUUAAUAAAAAUCACUAUAAUGAAAACAUA